UGAAAUUUUAGUGCAAUAAGAAUCGCACUCAAAGUUCUGGUAAGAAACACACAAACUGGUGCUAUAAGGAACAAUAGCCUGAUGACGGGUAGGRCGCAUCAAUAAAUAAGCAUUUACGCGAGUCAAGAGAGCAUCUUUCUUUUCGUUCGCCAUGAAAAUUUGACGCUAACCGAACGUAGGAUUGCGAAAAACCCGUGAUUUCUCUGAAAAGAAAGCUGAAGGGUGAAUUCAUAUGAACUUUAUACUGGAUAUGGCAUUGUAGCGAAUUAUAAAAUAGUAAAGAUGACUUAGCUUUUCUUCAAGCAAAGGAUCGUGUUAAAACACUUGGUAAUCUAGCCUUAUUAUCUUCAAUUUUGAUCGCCGAUUAAGGACCUAAAAUGUUUUCCAGAGGAAUGUUUAAGUACAUCAUUUUACUCUGCUGYUUUAUUAUAAUGCUGUUGCUUACGAAAGUCAUCGAGAACAGAUUCGAGAUUGAGCACUUUAAAGAAGAUGAACAGCCUCGACCUUCAGAGAAAUURCGUAAUGUGGGUCGUUUCACUUCGGAAGGCAAACACGUUAAGAACAAAGCACGCCGUUCGCAUGACGUGAACGCUGUUCUGCAUUUUCCCUUGCGUAAAAGAGCUAAUAAAAAACUCACAAAAACYAAAGAAGAUGUACCAACAAUUUACGCCAUAACACCAACAUAUAAACGAUUUCUACAGAAAGCAGAGUUGACAAGAAUAUGCAACACCUUUUUACAUGUCAAAAACUUUCACUGGAUUCUCGUGGAAGACUCCAGGAACAAAACCAAGCUAGUUACWAGUUUUUUAUCUAAUUGCGGAGUGAAAUACACACAUCUGAAUGUAAGGACACCAAAGCCGCUAAGACGGUCACGCAAACAGCCGCGUUGGGCCAAGUCACGUGGUGUGGAACAAAGAAACUUGGGUAUUGAGUGGAUUCGCCAAAAUGUCAACCCAAAUAAGACAAAAGGUGUCAUUUACUUUGCAGACGACGAUAAUACGUAUGACUURAAGCUGUUUGACGAGAUGCGUUCAAUCAAAGGGGUGGGCAUUUGGCCAGUGGCAUUCACAGGAGCAGCAAGAUGGUCCGGUCCAAUUUGCCGAGAUGGUAAAGUGCUCAAAUUCCAUAACAACUGGAAACCAUGGCGAAAGUUUCCCAUCGACAUGGCAGGCUUCGCUAUUAAUAUAAGAAAACUUAUUAUGGAAUACCCUCAUGCGUCAUUUCAGCCACAAGUUCGCCCUGGUCUUAUGGAGACGUCUUUUCUGGAGCAAAUGACUACGUUAGAUGAGCUGGAGCCCAGAGGAGAUAACUGCAUGAAGGUUUAUGUCUGGCAUACAAGAACGGAGACGCCGGUUAUAAACAUCAAUGGCGAACGACAACUAAUUAAAAAAGGACAUCCMUCGAAUCCAGCAAUAGAGACUUGACARAAAUGAGUUGAAUUAGAACUAGGCGGCUGUAUUGUAACUGCUACAAAUUCUGGAUUGACUCCGGCGAUCACGUGGCUUGAGUGAUCAUGAAUCCUAGCUUAAAAGUCGACAGUAUGGAAACUAUUAGGGACUGCGUAAUAUUUAUC